AUGUCUCUCAAGGAAUCAAUCACCAUUGAAGAUGUGGCCAUCACAUUCACCCCAGAGGAAUGGGCUAUGCUGGACACAGCACAGAAGACGCUGUACAGAGCUGUGAUGCUGGAAACCAUCAGCACCCUGGAGUCCGCGGGAUGCAAGUGCGGCAAAUCAGGUUUCCUCUUUCACAUGGAUGACACAGAAAUCCUACAGAUGGAAAAACACACAGCCUUCCCCACAAACCAGAAUCCAGAAGAAACGAACAGCCAUGAUGAAGAGGGACAGAUGACCACUGAACAUAUGAAGAAGAAGAAACGCAUCAUCAAGCUCAGGCAGGAAAAUACACAGAGUGAGGAGACAGACCUUGAAGGCAACCUGUGUAGGCAAAUCUUCAAAGAUCAGUGUGAAUUCAGAAGACACCAGACGGCUGAAUCUGGAAAUGAGUUCUGUGUGUGGGGAACAAAGUUCAAUCAGUCUUCUAAAUUUUAUCGGGAUGAGAACAAACUUACCACUGAAGCACUUUACAAAUGUCAUCAAUGUGGGAAAAUGUACAAGAAUUUAAGUAGUCUGAAAAAUCAUGUGAGACUCCACACAGGACAGAAUCCAUAUGAGUGUGUUGUAUGUAGGAAAGCCUUCACUAAGCAAAGUGAUCUUAGAAGGCAUGAGAGAACACACACAGGAGAAAAGCCAUAUGAAUGCAAUAUAUGUCAAAAAUCAUUCACUUGUAGUAAAACACUUAAAAUACAUAAGAGAACACACACAGGAGAGAAGCCAUAUGAAUGCAAUAUGUGUCAAAAAACAUUUGUUUGUAAUAAAACACUUAAAAUACAUGAGAGAACACACACAGGAGAAAAACCAUAUGAAUGCAAUGUAUGUGGAAAAGCCUUCACUCAAUCAAACAACCUUAUUCGUCAUGAGAGAAUACACACAAGUAUGAAACCAUAUGAAUAUAUUGUGUGUCAGAAAGCUUUUACUCGUCCUUGCUCCCUUAAAAUUCAUAAGAGAACACACACAGGAGAAAAACCUUAUGAAUGCCAUCUAUGUGGGAAGGUCUUUGCUCAAUUAUCUUACCUUACUAUGCACAAGAGAACACAUACAGGAGAGAAGCCAUUUGAAUGCAAUAUGUGUCAAAAAACAUUUGCUAAUAGUAAAACACUUAAAGUACAUAAGAGAACACACACAAGAGAAAAACCAUAUAAAUGCAAUGUAUGUGGAAAAUCCUUCACUGAAUCAUACAACCUUAAAAAUCAUAAGAGAACACACACGGGAGAAAAACCAUAUGAAUGCCAUCUAUGUGGAAAAGCCGUCAUUCAGUCGUCUGCCCUUCUUUACCAUAAGAGAACACACACAGGAGAGAAACCAUAUAAAUGUAAUGUGUGUCAAAAAGCUUUUAUAAAAUCUAACGCCUUCAAAAUUCAUGACAGAACACACACAGGGGAAAAGCCACAUAAAUGCCGUCUAUAUCACGGCCAGGUAGGAUCUCUGCUCUUUCGGAAUGCUGACCCAGAAACAAGUCCUCGAGGGCUGAUUCAGCACCAGGCUCCCUCCUGCCUGUAUUACACGAUCGAAAAGAGGGCAGGCGAGUUUCUGGUAGCCCUCAUUUGCCUGAGACAGUGUCUCUAUGCCUGCCACCCAGUCCAGGAGGACAAGAACACAAAAACCCUGGGGAGCCAGGCUGCCUGGCCUGGGGACCGGCAGGAGAUCAGCCACCAGAGACCGAAAAGCUGCCCUAGAGCUCGGCCUGGUGGGAGUCUCAACUUCAGCGGCUCCCUCUCCAUCCCACAAGGGGAGUCUCGGCCUCCUUGGCGCUAA